AUGACCACCGCAUCGACGCAUAGCACUGCAUACGCCAUCCUGACCGAGCUCCUAAUCGCCUUAACCAUUGUAAACAGCCCUUCCAAACCCAUAUAUCGUCGCCUAUCCUUCCUCCCCAUACUCGCCCUCGUAUGCUACCAGAUUUUCUGCACGACCAUCGACAUCAACGGUAGACUAUCUAUGACCAUGGCGGUUGGGGACUGGCUAUUCGCCUCGCUGGUGUUCGCAUCGCAUUACCUCCUACUGACGGACGCUCAGCGCGACAUAUGGCUUGUCAAGGAGAAGCAUCACCCGCCAGUCGAGGAGCGGCCGAUACUCUCCCGCUUGUGGUGGGCCGCGUGCCUGCUCUACAGCCCACGCGCGAUCGGGUGGUCGCACUCGGCCGCUCCGACAGGCAAACUCCCACCCAGGCCCACGCAGCAGACAAAGAAGUCGUUUGCCAUCGCACAAAUGUGGUAUAUCGUGCGCUGCAUUGCCGUGUGCGGCGUGGUGAUCUCGUUCGCCCGGGUGAACCCCUACUUUGACCGGCGCGCUGACCCGACGCAAGUCAGGGGCUACGCGCGCCUUUGGCGCCUUGGUAGCGUGCUGUACCCAGUCAUGAUAUGCUUGAGCAUGUCGGUGCACUAUACGGCGCUAAGCGUCGUCUCGGUUUGGAGUGGGAUGUCGGAACCACAGGACUGGCCGCGUCUCUUUGGGUCGCCUUGGGGCAUGUAUACGGUCCGACGAGUCUGGGGAACGGAAUGGCACCAGUUGUUCCGAGGCGUCUUCACCGUCCACGCCGAGUUUCUUGCAAAAGUCCUCCACCUCCCUCCCAAGAGCAAGAUCACAACCUAUUUCAAGCUCUUCAUUGUCUUGACCCUCUCUGCAUUUAUGCACCUCGUCGGUGAUUACGCUGUUUUCCACGGCUGGACGCGCAGUGGAGCUCUGCACACAUUUAUCCUGCAAGCAGUCGCCAUAGUCCUGGAAGACCGGUUUCUAGCCAUGGCUCGGAAAGCUGGGUUCAAGGAAACCCAAUUUUCUAGGUGUUUGGGCUACGUGUGGGUAAUCGUGUGGUUUUCGUUCUCCCUUCCGUAUUGGAUCGACCCGGCUGUUCCUGUCGGAUCGUUGGAGGAUCACUUUCCUUUUAUGCCGAACCGUGAGGCCUUGACCAUUUAG